ACACUAGGCACAAGGCCCCCAGCCAGUAGUAUAUGCCUAUAUGGGACAACAGCAAGGCUGAACUCUUUGUAUAAUGUUAGUUUUGGAGUAAAACGUAUUUCUAGUGGCACACUGCUUGGUUUGUGAGCGUACGAAACUGUUAUAGGAGUUUGUUAAAAAUGGAGUGACGGGGUGUGGAUGAAGCCUGUACAAGUAAGAGAAGAGCCCUGCAAGACAGAACAUGCCCAGCAGCCUUGCAGUGAUAUAAAAUUACAGAGCUUGGGGAUAACAAGCAACCAUUGAAUGAUCAUUAAUUUAAUAUGGAAGAAUCUCACACUCAAAUUAAUGGCUUGCAGAAAUCUACUGUGUUGUCAGAAGAAACAAGUGACACCAGCCUUCCAAAUAUGGACUGUGAUUCCCAACCCAAAGAUGAUGAUACAGGAGAUUGCUGCCUCCUGAAGAGCAAGAAUGGGUCCAUUACAAAGAAUCAGAAUAUCGGAGAAGGAUCAACACACUUACCAGAAAAUCAGUUAAAUUGGAAUAUGGAUGAGAGCUGGUUUAACCUGACCUCUGAUUUGAGCCUCCUGGCUUGCGACAGAGUUUCUCUAGAUAUGCAUCCCAUGGGUGUGGAACUGCUGCAGGAGUUCUGGAAGAAACGAAGAGAUGAAUUGCUGAAUGUGACAUUUCUUAGUAUCAGUACAAACCAGAAUGAUAUAAAAAAUGCAGUUGCACUUCUUCCCCAAAUGACUAAACUCCGAUCCAUUGUGCUUAAAGGAGGACGCCAGAAGGAUGAGUUUGGUGUUUGCCAACCAGGACUUUUAACAUCUUUGCCAUAUGAUUUUGGGCAUUUGCAACAGCUGACCUUCCUGGAUUUAAGCUUUAAUGCUAUGAAGACUGUACCAGAAUGUUUGACAGCAUUGCCCUGGCUUUCCACUCUUUUGUUGGGGCACAACGAGAUACAGGAACUGCCCACAAAACUUGAUGGUCUAUUUAAACUUAAAUUCCUUUCCCUAAUCAAGAACAGACUGCACUUUCUGCCUAUUAAUAUGAGCCAGCUCUUAGCAUUACACACUCUUGAUGUCUCCUUCAAUAUGCUAAAGGAAAUUCCUGAUGAAAUUGGGAAUAUGAAGGAACUUGUCGAAGUUGACCUUUCUGGAAACCAGCUGAAAACUGUUCCUGAAUCAUUGGUCAUCAUUAAACAGAUGCAUAAGGAAAUCAACAGGUUGUUUUCUUUCAACAUGUACUUUCCACUCUCCUGUAAAAGGAGGCAAUCUAUGUCCUGUCUCAUACAGAUGGUAUCCAUCAGCAUGCCCUUUUUGCACCCUUACAGCAAGUCCCACAGAGAUGUAGUAAUUCGCACAUUUGAUGGGUCAUCUUGGUCUGAUUUGGAGACAUGCAUACUGCCUGAGAAGACCCGGAUUUGCACCAGGAAAAGAAAUUCUAAAUUUUACUUGGCUCGCUGCUGUGUGUCACACUUUUCGUGGUUCAUGGUUGUAUCCAGACUUGUGGAGGACCACUGCACCGUACCCCGGGAAGGAACACUUCUGUUUUCUUCUGCAGAUCCCAGGAUCAAGGUGACCUUUCCAUGUGGGGCAACCAAUGUUAUACGCAAAGUGAACAUGCAGGUUCUGACUGUAUCUCAGCAAGAAAUUCAGAAUCUUUGUGGUGAUGCAGAGGCAUUGGCCAGCCCCUUGCUCUGCCUAACCCAAAACUCUCCUGACAAUUUCCUGCAACCUGUUAGGAUUCAGCUGCCCCUGCCUUCAAGCCUUAAAGGCUUUUCUUUGGAUCACUCAAGGAUUCACCUAUUCCAUGGAGAUCCUACAGCAGAAACCUGGACUGAUAUAACUCAGCAGGUGCAGCUGCAGUUUACACACCUUUUUGUUAUCUUUGAGGUCACCCACUUUUCUUGGUACUGGCUUUGGUACACAACAAAACAUUAUAUUGGAGGAGUGGUACGUAAUGUGUACAAACGGCUUCGCCUCUAUCAGGUCCGGUUUUUGGCUCUUCAAAGGAAGAAAGAUCCAGAGCAAAUUCUGUUGCAGUGUCUGCCCAACCAAAAAAUAGACAGUGCUGUCCAAAAACUAAAUAGCAGAUAUGAUGGCCCUGAACCCUCUGAAAUUAUCAGCAUGCUGGAAGGCGAACAAUUUUUUGCUGGGUUUGAGAAGGGCAUUGAGGUGGACUCUGAUCGACCAGAUUGUGUUGAUGGUCGGAUUUGCUUUGUGUUUUAUUCCCAACUCAAGAAUAUGAAGGAGGUGUUUGUGAAAGCAACAUUGGAUCGAAUGCAGCAACCUGUUAAAGGACAGGUCUCUUUUUAUCGGGGAGCACUGCCUGACAGUUUUCCAGAGGAAGCACUGAAGAGGCGUAAAGGUCCAGAUAGUCAAUGGCUGGCAACCUUACCGAUUUGCCUUCCAAAACUGAAGUCAAGUCAGAAGAGUCUUUUGAGCCCCUCUAACAAAGAUCCUUUAUAUCCAUCUCUCAACCUUGGCAAUGCAGAGAAUGGCUAUCUUACUGAGGCUAAUCUACUGGGCAUUGCACUGCGGAUUGGUACUGACUGGAGAAAUAUUGGUAUCAACCUGGGUCUGUCCUACCAACAUCUCGAUCGCAUUCAAUAUAAAAACAGAGAUGACUUGGGAAAUCAGGCUCUAGAGAUGCUUUUUACCUGGGCACAGAAUAACGUCAACUCUCCUGAUUGUAUCAACAAGUUGAUUGAGGCAAUGAAAGACAGUGGACGAAAGGAUAUUGCUGAUGAAAUUGAAGACAUUAUUACGCUGGGCAAGCAGAAAUACUUUCAGUCAAUCAAUAGAUUAGGCUUGGAGCCUGCAGGCAGUAGCCAAGAAGACUCUGCAAUAUCUAUGAUAUAGAAAUGUUCUUUUCAAGCAUCAAAGUGACUUGCAAUACAUUGCAUUCUUCAAAACUAUCGGUGUGAAAAUUUUAAAAAGAGUUUACAAGGCACUUGACCCUUCUUUGCCUAGAAGUACAGCCAUAAUAGUGUAAACAGGGGUGGAAAAAAGUAUGUUUACUGUUGUUUGUAUGCAAAAAGAAAUGCAGGUUAUGAUUAUUAUAAAAUCUUUAUUAACACAAUAGAUUUAUUAGCUUAUUAACUCAAAAGAAUGUCAAAAUGACACAGUGCACUUAGAUACAAUCUCACAAGUGCUUAAAUUGCUGGCCUUCAUUAUUUACACACUCUUGUAGUCGACUUGCUACACUCAAGUACACUUUAGUAAUCAGAAGACAAUAAUACAAAUAAAUAAGGCAAUUAUAAAUAAUAUAAGAAUAAACAUUGUGUUUUGCAUACUCACAACUGUAAUCUACUUUUACCCUCCCCUGUGUAUUGUAUAUGCCAGAUGAAUUUAUCUCUGUGUCUGAAAUCAAUGUAACUGAACUGAUAGUCUUUUUAAAAGAAAAAAGGUGAUUGUAGGAAAUAACUUGAGCAGCACCAAAAGAACUCUGCAUAGGACUAGGGAUGCUUUGCAGACUUCUUAUUUGACAACCUUAAACAACAUCCUAGUCUCUGUAAAUCUGCACAUAUAAAGACAACUUAAAAAAAAAAAAAGCUUACAGAAAGGAUUUGAGUCACUACCCUAGUCAGAAAAAAUAUUAUGAAAAAAAUUUAACUCACCAAGUAUAGACAAAGCUUUGGACUACAUUGCAGUGCUAAACUUGAGAAUGUCAAAAAAGUACAAUUUUUUUGGCAAGUGGUAAGAUUCAUAUCCAACAGACACUUACUAAUUCCAUUAAGUAGAAGUGAGUGUAAGAUUUUUAUAAAUCCUUCAAGAUCGAAGGUAUGGCAAUGGAUUAACCAGCCAAGAAUAAUUUAUAUUAAAUUACAAUUUUAAAAAGAUAUAUUUUAUUUAUUAUGCUUUUCACGGAGUUCAGUUUUUUAAGGAACUAUUUUAAUUGUAUUUUAAUUGAGAGAUGUAUUUAUUAUUUCUAGUCAUAUUUGGAUUCUGAAGUGUUUUUUUAUUUAUUAUGUAACUGGAAACCUUUAAAUGGCAAAAUAGUUAUUUUUUCUUAAUUUACAAAAAAAAACAAAAAAUAACUAUGGGUUGUAUUGGAAAAUAAAGGAUGAUCAAAUCCAGUUUUCAAGUUUAUACAAUAUUUUAUAGCUGAGUUACCUGUUACUUGGGAUAUGUGACAUCUAGGAUAUCUGUUUGACAUAUUGUCACAUUGCAAGUUUUAUUACCAGUUUAUGCUCCUUGUCGGAUUUAUGUAAAUAAGUGAUUGUGUAGUUUUGCCAUGAUAUCAAAUGUAUUUAGGGAGGCUAUACUUUUAAGGACAGGUAUACUGCAAAAAUUCACUGAUGACGUGAGCUCAGAAAUCUGGAAAUGGAAAAAUAACCAUUGAAAUGGAAGUAAAGGGAUUUUUUUGUUUGGAUGGAAGGGACAGCAGAAGUAGACACAAUGAACAUAGAAUUAAAAGAAGGAGCUGACACUGUGAGGAUGUUGUCACUCAUUUCCAUGCUAUGACUAUCCUUAAAGGCAUAGCUUCCCUAAUUGCAUUUCAAAUAAGGACAAAACUACACAUUCACAUAUUUACAUAAAUACAGUAUGUAGCACAAACUGAUAAUAUAAGCUACACAUAUGGCACUGCUACAAAAUAGUCAAACAAAAUCAAGAACAUGAGAUUUUUUUAUGUUGGUUAGUGAUUUUUUUUAUACAUAACCUUUGUCAACACUGAAGCAUGCUGCAUACUGUUGACCAUGAGAAAAUAAAUAGUGUGUAUACUGUACACGAGUGUGCCAGACACCCCAUCCAGGGCUGGAUUCUGUGUUGCAUCCGGCUCCUUUUGAGAAUGUUAUAUUAUGAGUAUGUCAGAGCUUUAUUGGAGUAUAUCACAAAGGAAAGAUGUAUUUAAUUACACAUGAUUACAUUAGAAGGACAUACCAGUAGGACUUGGGUCAGGUCAGGUUGGGAGGCAUACACUGGUACAGCGCAAUGCCGCACCCACCACAUGACGAAACACCUUGGGGUCCUGGUCUAGCCACUCAGAUGCUGUGAGGUGGAUCACCGGCUGUAGUGCCGCAACUGGCACUCUCUCACAGUACAGGUAAUAUGCCUCAUUUGGGACUCCGUUAUCAACUACUCGUUCAGCACAAAAUCAAACCAGCAGUAUCCAAUGAUUUUCUGAAGAGGCACAGUACCAAAGGAUUCCAGUCUACGUCUCAGGUCAUUGGAUAGCGUCCAUGUCUGACAACUAUAUAGUAAAACAGGAAGUGCCAACACUCUAAAGACUUGGACCUUCUUCCUUUUGCAAAGACCCCUUUCCAGCGACCUCAUGCCACCCCACCCCCAUAAAAGUGCUCUCCUAAUCUGUCUACUAACUUCAUAGGAAGGGUCUCUGGAGACACGAGUGUCAAUGCCUAGAUAAGUAAACCUCUAGACAAGGUCAACAUUCUUUCCUCAGACAGACACACGGCUGAUGGCUGUGCCCAAGAGGUCAUUUCUUCACUAACAUGCCCCACAGCCACUGGACCUCACGACGCUGCCCAACACCCAGUCCAUACAAGUAUUGAACAGAGUAGAAGCAUAAACACACCUGAGAAGUGUACCAUCAGUAGGACUGUUCUUAAAAAAAUGUUUCCAAAAGUCUGAAUGUCUUUCUUAAACAGAAGAUUAAAAAGAGUGGUGAAAGUAGUCAUAUUAUAAGAGUUUUAAUAUAAAUGGGUCUUUGGAACCAAGAAAGAUUUUCUGUUGUUUAGAUAUUAUUUGGUGCUGUUUGCUAAAAUGAUUUCUGCCGGCAAGGGAAUAGCUACAGGGUUUUGUUUUCUUCAUCCAUAACAAAUGUGAAAUAUUUUGGUUAUAUGUUGUAACAGGCAUUGUUUCAAACUAAGCCAUUUUUAUGGAGCCACUUAAAUGUGAUGGUGUCUCAAAUAUUUUUUGAGAGAUUUUCUCCUCAAAAAACUGUGAAAUCAAAGUAUUGGGUAAAAAUGCAUCAAAAAUGUACACCAUGUACUGCACCAAGGAUAGUUGUUAUACCAAUUUUUUGGAUAGCAGCCAAAGAAUCAGAAUGGCCCUGAUGUUUUUGACAUGUAAUGCUUCACUCUUACAUUAUUUGGAGGUUAUUGUGAAAAAAUAACUAGCCUGAUGCAUUUUUCCCUUGCAAUAAUAAAGUAUCUAUCUAUAUGUCUACCUUCCAGCAUAAGCGUUAAUAUUAGCAUUCCCAUACUGUACAAAUGGAAAACUGAUGAGAAGACAACAUCACAAAAACUAACAUGGGCAAUGACAGAGUACUUACAGGUAGUAGCUGCAUAAAAUGUAGGUCAUGAAUUUAUAGAGAAAUUUAAGUUGUUGAAUUGUCUUAUUACAGAAGAUCAAAAGAUGAUUCCUAAAGAUUAUAUUUUAAAAGAAGGUUAUGGUAACAAUCUACCAGACGGAGCAGAUAAACUGCCUUAUUCAGUUUAAAUGGAAUAAAUGUUAUAUAAUGAUAUUUAUUGUAGCUUUUGUUACUUUAUUUGUGUUAAGUUUCAUUUCAAUGUGAAAAACAAAACUAGAAAUGGUGUUAGCUGUCAGGUCUUGCAUAUUAUGAGAUAACCUGCCUAACUCAGGGCGGAUAUAAGCGGUGAUUUCAACUGAUUAUAAAAAUCAUGGUUGUCAGCAUAACUAUCAUGAAAAAGAGGAUAGUACUUGAAAAUGAUUGCAAAAAUAGAAAAUGAUAAUAGUGAUAAAAUUGAAUGCCUUGUGUGCAUUUUAUUUAUUUCUGUAAAAUAACCAUCUCAAAUAAAGACAGCUUUACCAUCUUU